AUGGAUCACGCACUCGAGGACGCCAUCCAAAGCGCGACAGAGGCACGGGUCAAAAGCGUCUUGCUGAAGAUCUGCCAGGAGAGCUCAGCCUGUCGUGACGCGGUCAGCAAGGAGCUCCUCCUCGUGACCGCGACGACGGCGGGCACACAGGACGAGAAAAGCAAAAAACGAGUUCGCCAGGCCUACGAAACAUGCGCCCACUGCGAAGAAGAAUAUCGCGUCGUAGAGAACGACUUGCUCGACGGCUUGUGCCAGUAUCAUCCCGGCAGCAGAGACUGUGACUGGGAUCACGACAAGUUCGCCGACUUUGAACCAUGGAGGGAUGGCGAUCCGGAGGACUUCGAGGACGACCCGGACUUUGCCGACGCGUUCAAGUGGGAUUGCUGCGGCGGGAACGGAGCCGCCGAUGGCUGCGUGGUGACGAAGCAUCAACCGGACGAGACGAAGAGGAUCAAACUUGGACGAGUCUGA